AUGACUCAAUUCUCGGAUCUCAAUGAUGACAUUUUGCAUGUAAUAUUCAAAUGGACUCAAUCAGGCUAUGAUGACGAAGCCAACACCAACAUGACCAGCUUUUUAGCCGAACUAAGGCUUCUCUGCCACAGGUUCAGUGCAAUAAUACCACGGUACAUGUUCCGAGCUAUCGAGAUUACCAUCUCGGACGAGGAAGGAGGAGGCUCAAGUUGUGCCUUACUCAAGCGUACUAUUGUCGAGAAUCCACAGUUUGCGGCUUUCGUGCGGGAGAUUCACAUUAUCUUCGGACACAACUAUGGGGCCGGUGCACAUGGCCCGGCAAAUGCGCUACUAGAAAGACUCCCAAAUAUUCGGACGCUGUGGAUUCAGAUUGCCGGUUAUCCCUUCGAACCCGAUUUCUUACAAGGCAACACGAUGUCACACCUCCGAGCAGUCAACUAUUCGUGGAUAUCCGGGACAGUACCGAGGACCCAAUGCAGCAUUUAA